CAACUUUACCAACAGGAUUUGCACAAAAUAUAUUGACAUCUACAAGCAUUACCCAUUCAGAAAUAUCAAUUCAGCCCAAUCUUACCGGUGUUCAACCUCGCGUCUUAGGUAUCUACCAUUAUCAAGACAGUUCAACAGCGGUCGUUCGCAUUGCUCGGGAGAAUUAUGAUGUUGGCAUAAUUAGGUGUUUUGAGCGUAGGCUAUUACUUCGUGUUAUUCAAGCUAAUGGAAGUAUUAUCGAAAUAAAUUAUGAAGAUCCUACUGAAAUACAAGAUAUCAAUUAUUGUUGGGUUUAUGUUAAUAAUAGUAAUAUCAUGACCCCUAAACCACCCCUAAAUGUAUACCCGUUAUUUGAACAAUACAUUCUAGUGACAUACACUCAUGCCACUAAUAUCUCUGAUAAUACAACUUUUACUGACCGUGGAAUGGUUUUAGAUUGGGGUGGAAAUGUUAUAAGUAAGCUCGAAUUUGGACCAUCUUACUUGCAACCAAGGACAACAAAUUGGUAUCCAGAUGACUAUGUAGUUAAUAAUAUUACUCCAAAAAAGGGUUUUUUACGUUUAUCCGGGACUAGGAUUACUGAUAGAAUAAGCGCUUUCGAAUGGAAACAAUAUGGAUAUGUUGGCAAUGGGAUAUUCACUUUAUUAUCGAAUGACACCGUUAUAAAUUUAGAUAAUGCAACCAGCAGCUUUCAAAUUGUAGUAUUUCCAACUUUAAACGAUGGAUAUGCGAUUGUAUACGCUAAUUCGACUAAUAGGGUUGUAACUUCUGACCCGCUAUCCGACGUAUUUAGUGCUAGAGCAGGAAUAUAUGCAAUAUUAUUAACUUAUAAUCAAACAAGAACCAGUGAAAGAAUUAUUUUAUAUGAAAUAAGCACUCCUAAUAUAUCAUUCACUGCUUUGUAUUGCUCUGUCGACUACGUUUUCAUUGGCCAUUCAUGCAUCGUACCCGUACAGCGAAUAGUUCAAGAAACAUAUAUUACCAAUGUUACUUAUUAUAAUAUAUCUACGACUACAGUUACGGCUACACGUACGACUACACUUGUCAGCUCAUCUACAACUGCUGUUGUAGGUGUUCCAACGCAGUUUCCCACGCAAAUUCCCACGCCAAUUAACGUUUCAAUACCUGUUACUAACACUACGCCUACCAUAAUGACAUCUUAUAUUAGAAUACGUUUCCUUUCUAGUGGUUCUGUAUUGACAUUGAACCCACUAAUCAAUAUAACUACGAGUUUACAACCAAUGAUUAGAACAUUGCCCCUUGGAGGACACACUUUUAUACUACGACCGGUUGAUAAUCAAAAUAAUCAAAAUAUAGAUUUCUUCUUUACGCUUUAUGAUGAAAAUAAUAGACUAUCUCCAUCUGAGUAUCUACAACAACCAAUUCUUGCAAAUCUAUAUGGUGCAUUUGACGUAACACAAAAUAAUAUGUUGCUAGUGGCACAAAAUGAAACGACCACUUCUUGGAGUCUUCUUUCGAUCAAUUUGCCGGCUCUUUCCCCACUUAAAGAUAGUGGCUAUGGUAAUUUACAUGUGACUACAACAUAUCCCCAAAGAAAUUCUACGGAUCUAACUUUAAAUACCAAAGUGAUUAACAUUACAUUUCAAGAACAAAUUUCAUUGUCGGAUGGAAAUUUAAUUAUUUAUCAAUCAAUCAACCAAACCAAUAUUCUUCGACAAAUAAUAAAUUCAAGAACUUGUGAUGUUAAUACUAAUAAAUGUUCAAUAAAUAAUAAUACUGUCAGACUUGAAGCAUUUUCUUCUACCUUUAAUGAUCCGAGUGGUCAAUAUUUCAUACAAAUGGAUAAUAACUUUGUAAAGAGCGCUUUAUAUAAUGAACCAAUAUUAGGAAUUGAACCAAAUAUAUGGACUUUUCAAACAGCCAAAAAUGUAUCAACUGCACGUGCUGGUGAUGUCUCAGGAAAAUUACUAUUAACAGUUGCUGGAUCUAAUCAGUUUAGCCAAUUAAAUGACUCGGGAAAAUAUCAAUUUUUUACAAGUUUAAUAGAUGAACUCACAGUCAGAAUUCCUAUAGCAGUGGGAAGAUUAAGUACAAAUGGACAUACUCAAUUUGUUAACCCUUGGUCCGAAUCAGAGCAAAUCCUUAUCUCACUUUUUAUUAAAGAAUCAAGCAAGAAUGACGAAAAACUUACUGUAGUUACCAGAUCUGAAUUAGACACUUUAAUAAAAGAGAAACAGUUUACAGGAAUAUCGACAGGAGCAGUUACGAAUCUUUUAGAUGAAAAAUAUGGAUUUCAACAAAUUGCAAUUUUCAUUGGAGCUCGACUAAAAUCGCCAGAGAGCGAUAAUUUUGUAAUUCUCCAAUUGGGUAUUGCUAUAUUUCGAAUCGUAACCAUUACAAUAUUUACCUUUACUGAUGCCGCAACCAUUCAAAGUCUUUUCAUACCGAGUGUAGUAUUUUUAAUGCUUCCUAUAGCAGUCAAUUUAACAUUAGCAUUUACAAUAUUAUAUUCGGAGAAUAAUGAAGAGUUUACUAAAUGGUUUAAAUAUCAUGGAAGAGUUGCUACUACGAUCGCAUUAUUAUCUGGUGCAAACAUUGAUUUAUUAUUAAUAUUGAAAUCGCGCUUGAUGAAAAUUAAAAUUUUUGAUGCACCAUUGUCCAAUAAGUCAUUGUCAAUUAUUUUUUGGGGAGCUUGUGCAGAUAUAGUACUGGGUGAUAUUGAACAACUAAUUAUUCAGAUAAUUUAUAUUUACUAUACUAUAGAAUAUGAUGCUAUUGCGUUAUUCACUAUAAUAGCAUCAGGUCUUGCAACACUUUCUAACGUAACUAGUAAAUUAUUCUUUAUCAAAUUCAAAAAACUUUCACCUUAUCAUAAAGAUGAGGAUAAAUUAGGUAAAUCGAUUGAAAUACCUAAUGUGAACCGAUCAAUUGAACAGAAAGAAAACUCUGAAGAACCUUAUGAUUAUAAAUCAGUUGAACAAAAAGAAACCCCUGAAGAACUUGGCGAUAAUUCGGAAGGCACUAAUGUGGAAAGUUAA